ACAGCAGUGUUGAACCCACCAGCAGUGACAGGGUUAAUCAUACCCAUAUGGUGUACCAAGAGGUUUGGUCCAAUGCUGCUGUGGGCCAACAGGAGAGGGAAGGCUGGGUGGGGGCAGAACAGAAGGGAGAGGACAGCAGGGCAGACUCUCUCCCAACACCUGCACCUGGUCACUUGAUUCACACUUAAACUCAAGCACCAGUGGACCAACAUCUCACCACAUCCCAGAUAUGGCUGCUCCAAUCCAGGCGUAAACUUUUGGAAAUAGAGGAUUGCGUUUUCAGGGAUCAGCUGUGUGCCUUUUUUAAUGUUUAAUGGAAGACAAUCAGCCAGUUAACAGCGACUGAAAGGCUUACAUUUUUUUUUUCUGUCUCUCCAAGGGAAUUUUUCAAACCUAUCGGAUUGUUUUAAGCCUGCGCAGAGCAGCUCCGGCUCUUGCUGAAGGAGAUUUUGUUAACCCAGCUCCGAGGCACCAAACACGGGGAAUGCAGCGCUAACAUCCCGCAAGUUCUUGGAUCUCAAACGCGUAUCAGGAAAGUCCUUACUCAAAGAUUUAGAUCUCUGUGGGCUACCUGCAUGACUGUUACCAUGACAGCAUCUGGAGUCCAACUCCUCCUGUUGGCCUUAUGUGUUUACAAAGGCUCGGCCCUGCUGCAGUCUGCUCCACGGGUUCGCCUGUCCUUCAAAGAACUAAUGGACACAAAAGCAGCCCGACCCUUCAGUUUCUCCUUCAACACCAGCGACUAUCGCAUCCUGCUGAUGGAUCAGGAUCAGGGCCGUCUGUACCUGGGGAGCCGCGAGUACCUGGUGGCACUGGACAUGCACAACGUCAACAAGGAGCCUCUUAUAAUCCACUGGCCGGCGUCUGCAAAGAGAAAAGGAGAAUGCCAGAUGACAGGGAAGGGAAGACAGGGUGAAUGUGCCAACUUUGUGCGCCUGAUCGAGCCGUGGAACCGCACCCACCUGUACACCUGUGGGACGGGGGCGUACCAGCCGAUCUGCACAUUCAUCAACCGAGGCUGGAGGGCAGAGGACUACCUGUUUAGGCUGGUCCCUGGGUAUGUGGAUUCAGGGAAGGGAAAAUGUUCCUAUGAUCCUAAGCAGGAGAGUGUCGCAGUUCUGCUCAAUGGUAACCUAUAUGCAGGCGUCCAUAUUGACUUCAUGAGUACAGAUGCUGCUCUGUUUAGGACCAUGGGAGGCAGAACAGCGAUCAGGACAGAGCAGUACGACUCCAGGUGGCUCAACGAGCCGGUGUUUGUUCAGAUCCAGCAGAUCCCUGACAGUGCAGAAAGAAAUGAUGACAAACUUUACUUUUUUUUCCGUGAGAAGACUCUGGACUCGAGUGGCGGGGCGAGCCCCAGCGUUAUAGCCCGGGUUGGGAGGGUGUGCCUGAAUGAUGAAGGAGGGCAGAAGUCCCUGGUGAACCGUUGGACGACGUUCCUGAAGGCCCGUCUUAUCUGUUCGGUGAUCGGAGAAGAUGGAGUGGAGACACGAUUUGAUGAACUACGGGAUGUGUUUAUUCAGCCAACACAGGAUGAGCGAAACCCAACGGUGUACGCUCUCUUCACCACAGCCGGCUCUGUGUUCAAGGGCUCAGCCGUCUGCGUGUACUCAAUGGCUGAUAUCCGUAAUGUCUUCAAUGGACCGUUUGCACACAAACAUGGCCAUAAUUACCAGUGGACUGAGUACACUGGCAAGAUUCCAUACCCUCGGCCUGGAACAUGUCCAGGAGGAACCUUCACUCCUGGUAUCCGCUCCUCCAAGAACUUCUCAGAUGAGGCUGUGAAUUUCAUCAGAGCACAUCCUCUCAUGUACCAUCCAGUUUAUCCCAUCCACCGCCGCCCCCUGGUGGUGAGAACUGGAGUGGACUACCGCUUCACUGCCAUAGUGGUGGAUCAGGUGGAUGCAGUGGAUGGACGCUACGAGGUGUUAUUCCUGGGGACAGAUAGAGGUACUGUCCAAAAAGUGAUCGUUUUACCCAAAGAUCCAACAAGCAUGGAGGAGCUGACCCUGGAGGAGGUGGAGGUUUUCAGAAGCAGAGCUCCGGUCAAAACCAUGAAGAUCUCCUCUAAAAGACAACAGCUGUACGUCUCAUCAGACGCGGGGCUGACCCAGGUGUCCCUGCACCGCUGCGGAGUCUACGGCAGGGCCUGCUCCGACUGCUGCCUGGCCCGGGACCCCUACUGUGCCUGGGACGGAGAGAGCUGCUCGGCCUUCACCCCGUCCACAAAGAGGCGGAGCAGACGUCAGGAUGUUAAACACGGUGACCCACUGAGGCAGUGCAGAGGCUUUAAUGCCAAAGUGGAGAAACGUCUGAGGGAAACAGUGCAGUUUGGGGUGGAGGGCAGCAGCACCUUCUUGGAGUGUCAGCCUCGCUCUCCUCAGGCCACCGUCAAAUGGCUCUUUCAGAGGGAAGGGAAGAGGAAAGUGCUUAACCGUCUGGGAGGUAUCCUGAAGACCAACCAUGGCAUCCUCCUGAAAUCUCUCAACCAAUCAGACGCGGGUCUCUACCACUGCCUCGCCACAGAGAACAACUUCAAACACACAGUAGCCCGUGUGGCGCUGCGUAUCCUGGAUCGAGACAUCGUUUUAGCUCUCACGGCUCAAGAUGAGGAUGAGGAGCCGAAAACGCGUCACGCAGGACCUUACCCUCACCCGCCCCUCGUCUCCACACCCUUCCCACCUGAGAUCAGACUGAUUAACCAGUACUGCCAGUCCUACUGGGAACAGAUCAACCCCAAACAUCAGGAACAACAACAACAACAACAGCGUAAACGCACCAGCCGCAGACACACAGAGAGCCAGGACCAAGGCCUUGGCUAGAGGAGCAGACGCUACGUCCAACACUGGCCUGUCUGGACUUUUUAGUGGACUUUUAUGUUUGACGCGCAUGUUAGUGCGUUACCUCCGUUCAUUAGGUGGGUGAUGCCUUCAUGCUGGUGUUUAAGUACUAUACUGGUGAAUUUGCAAUUUUCAGCCUAGAAAGUACAAUAUGUGUAUAUUUUAUGUCCUAAAUUAUCCUGGCAUUUUUUGGGGUCUAAGUUAAGAAUACCUGCUCUUGAGACUGGUUAAUUGCUCCAAAUUUACCACCUAUGGUAGCAAUUGUUAUGAAACUUGUUGUCAUGUUAGAUUUAGGUUAUUUGAAAAAACACCAGUACCUGUAUGUGGAGAAUCACAGCAAAAAACUCAGAAACAAACAGAAGCUUUUUCACCAUGUCUGUGUAAGCUUGAUGUCCAUGAAAGCAAAGAUACUAAUGCAGCUUUACAAGUGUAGUAGCAGCCUAUUAAACAGACUAAAUUUUAAAGUGACGCCUCUAUAUAAGCUAUAACAGCAACAAAAGCAACACAUAUAUGAUUGUGUAUUCCUUGAUGGGUUUUUAUGCCUUUAACCCCCUUCCACAGGGUCGGUUUGUGACGGUUUACAGCACGCAGACCAAAAGAGGGUUUGUUUACAUUAUCUGGAGGUUGAAGUGAUGCAGGGCCAGAGGACUGGAGGGGACAAUUUUCAGUGGUCUUUGAAUUCUACUAUGAUGACUUUCUAUUUAUUCUAAGGAUAUUACCAUGCAAUCAGAAAGUAUUUAGACCCCUUUCACUUUUUUCAGUGUUCUUCAGUGUUGCAGCCUAAUGCCACAGUUGAAAAACUUUAUUUUUAUUCUCGUUAAUCUAUACUCAGUAAUCUAUCAUGACAAAGAGAAACAGAUUUUUAAACAUUUUGGCAAAUGUAUUAAAAAUUUAAAAACUGAAAUAUAAUUUACAGAAGUAUUCAGACCUUUUUUCAGAAAAGCCCACUUGGAAUUUGCAAAAAAAGGAAGAAAGUCAAAUGGGCACCAGAGCACAAUUUCAAGUGUUUUUGAAAAGUGUCUGAAUAUUUACGUAAAAAUGGUAUUUCAGCGGUGCAGGUGGCCUAGUUUUUGAGGUGCGCCCCAUGUGCAUGGGCAGCCCAGGUUCAAGUCCAGCCUGUGGCCCUUUCCUGCAUAUCUCUCCCUGCUCUCGUCCCUGUUUCUGACUCUGUUCAUUGUUCUCCUCUAUCAAUUAAAGGCUCAGAAAGACCAAAAAUAAAUCUUAAAAAAAGAUAUUUCAGUUUUUCAAUUUUAAUAAAUUUGCUAAAUUUCUAAAAUUAUGUUUUCACUUUGUCAUGAUGGGGUAAUGAGUGUAGAUUAAUGACAAAAUAUAGCUGUAGCAUCAGGCUGCAGCAUAAGAAAAACAAAAAAGUGAAGAGGCGUCUGAAUACUUUCUGAAUGCAUUGUAUGUUAAAUGUUACUAUUGUGGGGUAAGGACUGUUCAGUGUGAUGGAUCACAUAUUUUAAGCUAGUUGUUGAAAAACCAGUAUGAUUUUUAUGUAAAGUAUAUACAGAUUGUAAUUAUAAGGCUCCAACAUGCAAAAUCCCAGGUAUUGUACUUCACAGUAUCUUGAAAAAAUGUAAUAUAUUGAUUGUGAAUAUAAUAUAUAUGGUCAUUGGAUUACUCUUGUAUUGUAUGAAGAUAUUAUGAUGAUAUAAAUGCAUUUGUUGCAUGCAUUUCUGUGGUUGUUUGUUGCAAGUUGUACAUUUUACUGUAUUGGACCGUGGUGUGUAACGAUGUUAUGAUGUUUGUAAGGUGUAAUGUGUACUCUGCUAAGCUAAUUCCAUUGGAUGUUGUCAUAUAAUGACUCCCGUACUGUCCUGUGCUCUAGUGACCUCCUGUCUGUGAGUGUUGAAGAUUUGUAUAGCGUACAUUGUUUUUCCAGUUAUGCACUUUGUCGGUGGUGGGAUUCGAGGGACUUUGGGGAUCUUUGCACAGAUGUAUGAGAAAAUGAUACAAGAACAAAAUGUUUCUUUUUUAUGUACAGUAUGUUAUAAAAAUGGGAAUGAAUAUGGCUCAGAUUUAGUAUCGAUCGUCUGUGUUCUGUUAUAAGCUGUAUUUACAGGAUGUUAAAAAAUGGCUCUUUUUAAAGGAAGCACAAGAGAUGAGUUAUUUUCCAGUCAGAGCCUCCGUUCACCUUCAUUGUGAUUAACACAGUGGUGUCAUGCUGAUGAAUACUACACUGGAAAUGUCCAAAACAAAUAUAAACAUUUCAGAACCCUCUUAAAA